AUGCUGCAUGUGACCCGAGGGGUCUGGGGAUCCAGUGUCCGAGUAUGGCCUCUGUUGCCCUCGUUCCUCGGUCACCCCCGGGCCCUGUCAUCGCUGGCGGCCAAGAUGGGGGAGUACCGCAAGAUGUGGAACCCCACGGAGCCCCGCGACUGGGCCCAGCAGUACCGCGAACGGUACAUCCCGUUCUCCAAAGAGCAGCUGCUCCGCCUCCUGAUACAGGAGUUCCAUUCCACUCCUGCGGAGAAGGCGGCCUUGGAGGAGUUCACAGCCCACGUGGACUUUUGUACCUUGUUUCACUACCAUCAUGUCCUGACCCAGCUGCAGGCCUUGUAUGACCCAAUCAACCCCGACAGGGAGACUCUUGACCAGCCUUCACUUACAGAUCCUCAGCGUCUGUCCAGCGAGAAGGAAGUGCUUCAGGCCCUGGAGCCCCUGCUGGCCCAGGCCAACUUCUCCCCACUCACGGAGGACACCCUGGCCUACGCUCUGGUGGUCCAUCACCCUCAGGAUGAGGUCCAGGUGACAGUAAAUUUGGACCAGUAUAUCUACAUGCAUUUCUGGGCCUUGGGCCAGCGAGUUGGGAAGAUGCCCCGUAAGUCCAGCGUGGGCUCCAAGCGUGUCUUCUUCAAAUCGCCCCCUGCAGAGAGGAGAUACUUUAAGCGGGUGAUACUCGCAGCCCGAACGAAGAAGGGGCACUUAGUGCUGAAGAGCUUCAAGGAUACGCCAUUGGAGGGCCUGGAGCAGCUGCUGCCCGAGCUGAAGGUGCGCACGUCCACCCUGCAGCGUGCCAUCCUCAACGUCACACUGAUCGUCUCGGGUGUAGCGUUCUUUGUCAACGUGGGCAUGGUGGUGCUCUCUGACCUCAAGAUGGCCACCUCCCUGUUGCUGCUGCUCUUCGCUGCUUUCAUGGGCCUGCGGGCCGCCAAGAUGUUCGGACAUCGGCGCAGCGCGCAGGCGCUGGAGCUGGCGCACAUGCUUUACUACCGCAGCACGUCCAACAACGCAGAGCUGCUCAGCGCCCUGGUCCUGCGCGCACAGGAUGAGCACACCAAAGAGGCCCUGCUCGCGCACAGCUUCCUGGCCCGGCGGCCCGGGGGGGCAAAGCGCCCGCCGGAAGAGACCUCCCAGUGGCUCCAGUCGGAGGUGGAGAACUGGCUUCUAGCCCAGUCAGGCUGUGACGUGGCCUUCAACGGAAAGAGGGCCCUGGCCCACCUGCAAGCCCUGCCCCCCACCGUCGGGAUGUACCCGCCCCCGGGCCUCCCCAAACUAGACCUGUUGGCUACUAUUUCUUCCCCCAAGUCCGCACCGAGCGAUGACAACUCCUUAGAGAAACCUCUCGGCCCGGCCCAACCUAGCCACCUGGUUGGGAACUAA